CAGAGACAGAAUCAGAGCCUGGGUCUGUGGGCUCACAGAACUUGAACUGCUGCAGGUGGUGAUGUCAUUUUUCCCUUGCAGAAAGGUGCCAUGGGCUUCUGGAAGUUCCCCCUGUUCCUGGUCCUCAGCAUUCUGGUCCUGAACCAGGCAGGUAUGCUCCAGGCAGCGCCAUUCAGGUGGGCCUUGGAGAAUGGCUUUGAUCCUGCUACACUCACCAAUAAGGAAAUGCGCCUCCUACUGGCUGCAAUGAUGAACGAUUAUGUGUAGAUGAAGGCCUGUGAGCUGAAGCAAGAGACAGGAGGGCUUCAGAGAGAGGGCAGCCGCAUCACUGCCCAGAAGAGAUCCUGUAACACUGCGACCUGUGUGACCCAUAAGAUGGCGGGCUGGCUGAGCAGGUCUGACAGUGUGGUUAAGAACAGCUUCACGCCCACCAACGUGGGCUCCAAAGCCUUUGGCUGGCACCGCAGCGACCUUCAGGCCUGAGCAGUGAAAUGACUCCAGGAAGAAGACAACUGCCCUAGUACCUCAGACGGCAGGGCAGA